AUGGCUAUCACUAGGUACCCUGAGAUUUUAUUUGUAGUUCUCUGCAUUCUUCUUCUUUGCUAUAGGAUAUGGCACCGAAGAGUGUACAACACUUCGCUCCCCACGAACUGGCCUCUCAUUGGUAUGAUGCCGGGGCUUUUCCUAAAUGCUAACCGCGUCCCAAAUUAUGCAACUGAGAUUUUUCAAGCAAGUGGCUGCACAUUUCUGUUCAAAGGUCCUUGGUUUACAAACAUGGACAUGCUGUUCACUUGUGAUCCAGCCAAUGUCCACUACAUUCUGAGCAAGAAGUUCUCAAACUUUGGAAAGGGUCCUGCUUUCAAUGAGCUGUUCGAUAUUUUGGGAGAUGGGAUUUUCAACGCGGAUCAGGAAUUGUGGGAAGGCCAAAGGAAAAUGGCCAUGUCACUACUCAGUGACCCCGGUUUCCAGAAGUUCUCGACAGCAACAAUGUGGAACAAGGUUGAAAAAGGGCUGAUCCCUGUUCUUGAUCACGUCGCGGGACUUGGAACAGUGGUGGACUUGCAAGGGCUGAUUGAGCGGUUAACCUUUGAUACUACUUGCAUAUUGGUUUUAGGCAAUGAUCCCGGUUGCCUUGCCAUUGACUUACCUCGUGUUCCAUCUGAAAAGGCAUUCAGUGAUAUUGAGGAAGCAGUGUUUUUUAGGCACAUGAUGCCUCAAUGGCUUUGGAAGCUUCAAAGGUGGCUUCAAAUUGGCAAAGAAAAGAAGCUGGUUGAAGCUGUUGUGGUGGUAGACCAAUUUUUAUCCCACUGUAUCUCAUCCAAGCGCGAAGAACUGACAAAAAGCAGAAAAUCCCAAAUGUUUGAAGAUCAAGGAAACCACUUUGACUUAUUAACAGCCUACUUGAAAGCAUUUGAAGGAAAGAGCAGUCCAUCGGGUGAUCAUUCCGACAAAUUUAUCAGGGACACCAUACUUAAUUUGGUGUUUGCCGGAAGGGACACGGUUGGUGCUGCACUCACUUGGUUUUUUUGGCUCAUUUCAACAAAUCCAUUGGAGGAAAACAAGAUCCGAGAAGAGAUCAUAACAAAUUCUCAUUCGAAAGACGGGAGGUGGAGUUUUCACGACGCAGAAGAGCUGAAAAAACUGACUUAUCUGCACGCAGCAUUGUGCGAAUCACUACGCCUAUAUCCACCAGUUGUCUUGCAACACAAAGCUCCACAUGAAGCAGACAUUCUUCCCAGUGGCCAUCGCCUCAGUAGAUACGCGAAGACCAUAAUAUCUGUGUACUCAAUGGGAAGGAUGGAGACAAUAUGGGGCAAAGAUUGCUUGGAGUUCAAGCCAGAGAGAUGGAUUUCGCAGCAAGGGGGGAUCAAACAUGUGCCCUCUUACAAGUUCACCGCGUUUAAUGCAGGGCCUAGGAGCUGUUUGGGUAGGGAGAUGUCUUUCGUCGAAAUGAAAAUAGUUGCAGCCACUGUUUUAUAUAACUACAACAUUCAUGUGGUGAAAGGUCAAUCUGUUUGCGCAAGUGAUUCAGUGAUAUGUCACAUGAAACAUGGUUUGAACGUCAGGGUUACCAGAAGAUCUGUUUGA